AUGGGACUAAUGGUAGGCCAAGCCGGUGGUUAUGCCAAUGUUGGGUUCACAAAGAAGGACCUAGAUAAUCACAUUCAAAGAACUUGUCGUGCAAAGCUCAUUGGUGGGGAUUCCAAUGCGACGAUUAGCUAUCUACUUAGGAAAGCUGAUGUCAACCCAAUGGCCAUGGCAAGGUACAAUGCUACUGAUGAAGGUUGGCUGACAAAUUUAUUUUGCGCAAACGACAUUUAUAGGGUCGAUUAUCAAUGCUUUGGAGAUGUACUUGCAUUUGAUACAACCUAUCGGAAGAAUAAGUACAAAAGGUCAUUGGUAAUCUUCUCAGAAGUCAUGCUUAAUAAGUCUCCCAGUGUUGUGGUCACUGACGAUGACGAGGCAAUGAAGGCAGCAAUUCGAGAAAUAUUUUCAGAUGCAACUCACCGAUUAUGUGAAUAUGAUAAAAAAUAUAGGUUGGAGAAAAGUGAUUGGGUUCUAAAUGAAUAUGAAAAGAGGAAAAAUUGGGCAAGCGCUUACUUAAGGGAUAAAUUCUAUGCUGGAUUUAGAACAACAUCAAGGUGUGAGACGAUAAACAACUUCAUCAAGAGGUUUAUUUGCAUUCGCCAAAGUCUUAUAGAGUUGGUCCAAAAUCUUGAACAUGCUCUUAGGGACUAUAGACACAAUGAAUUAGAUUUUCAAUUUAAAACGGUGUAUGGAGAGCCCGUUCUAACUACUGGGUUAGAUGCAUUGGAGCUUUCUGCUGCAAAUUUUUACACAAGAAAGAUUCUUGAAGAUAUAAAAAAAGAGAUUCAAGGAGUGGUCGCAUUAGAUGUAAUAAAUGAGGAAAAUAUAUCAACUAUUGUUGUGUUAAAAGUUAAGGAGUGUGAUAAGAGUCGGUGGAAUAGUGAAGGCAUUCCUUGCAGGCACAUGUUUUGUGCCAUGAAAAGGGUAGGUUUACAGAAGUUUCCAGAUAGUCUUCUUUUGAAAAGAUGGUCGAAUGAUGCCAAGAAGUAUCUAGAUAAAAGUUCUGCUAGAGGCGCUGCGCAAGACAGAGAAAGAGAAUUUUUAAUACGCUAUGGCGCAUUGUUAGUGGCAGCUACGUGGAUGGUAUUCUUAGGAGCUCAAGAUGGUCCUUCUUUCCAUGACACUAUGAAUAAAGUCUGUCAUUGGACCCAAACACUAGAACAAAAAUUUGGCUUGAAAAGACAAACAAGAGAUUCUCCCAUGCCGAACUUUGUUGGUGACCUUUCAGUGGUCAAGACAAAAGGAGCACCCAAGGGGAAAAAAGAGAGAAGUAAACGGAGGUGCACUAAAUGCAACAGUGCUAGUCAUGUAAAGAAGAAAUGUCCUGUGAGGAAUGACGGUGAUGAUUUGGGUGAUAAGACUGGUAGUGGCGCAAGUGAGCUUUAG